AACAAACCAGCUGUAAAAGCUUUGAAGAAGAAGGAUACCAGAACAAGCAGAAGAAGAAUACUGAUCAUGCGAAAAUAUUUACAAUGGGUACCCAAGUAAAAGAUGUCAUCAUAAAGCCUGACGCUCCGAGCUCACUACUGCUGGACAAACAUGCAGACUACAUCGCUGCCUACGGCUCCAAGAAGGAUGACUAUGAGUACACGCUAUCCGAGUACCUGAGGAUGAGCGGUAUCUACUGGGGUCUGACGGUGAUGGAUCUGAUGGGGCAGCUGCCUCGAAUGAACCGUCAGGAGAUCAUAGACUUCAUCAAAUCCUGUCAGCAUGAAUGUGGAGGCAUCAGUGCCAGCAUUGGACAUGACCCCCACCUACUCUACACCCUCAGCGCCGUUCAGAUCCUGUGCUUGUAUGACAGUGUGGAUGCGAUUGAUAUUGACAAAGUGGUGGAAUACAUUAAAGGCCUGCAGCAGGAAGAUGGGUCAUUUGCAGGUGACAAAUGGGGAGAAAUUGAUACAAGAUUUUCCUUCUGUGCUGUUGCUACACUAGCAUUACUGGGAAAGAUGGACACAAUAAAUGUUGACAAAGCUGUCGAGUUCGUUCUGUCCUGUAUGAACUUUGAUGGAGGUUUUGGUUGUAGACCUGGUUCAGAGUCCCACGCUGGUCAGAUUUACUGCUGCACAGGCUUCUUGUCACUCACCGGUCAGCUGCACCAGGUAAACGCCGACUUGCUGGGCUGGUGGCUCUGUGAGAGGCAGCUGCCCUCUGGAGGUCUCAACGGACGACCAGAGAAGCUUCCAGAUGUUUGCUAUUCGUGGUGGGUUUUGGCGUCGCUGAAAAUCAUUGGCAGGAUCCACUGGAUCGACAAGGCUAAGCUGCGGACGUUUAUUCUAGCCUGUCAGGACGAGGAGACGGGAGGUUUUGCAGACAGACCAGGAGACAUGGUGGAUCCUUUCCACACUCUGUUUGGAAUAGCUGGCCUCUCUCUCCUCGGAGACGAACAGAUAAAGCCAGUGAAUCCUGUCCUGUGCAUGCCUGAGGACGUCCUGCAGAGGGUCAACCUGCAGCCAGACCUCCUCAGUUAACCCAGUGACACCCAUCAAAACCUCGCACAGACACUCAGACACACAACACUGUCCCUCAGUCACACAGCUGGAUGCCGGGAGCAGAGAGAGAGCCACCAUGUGUUCGUGUCAGCUGACUGACCUGCUUCUAUCUGCUCACUACAGAAAAAUAGUCACAUCUCUGUGUCCGGUUCCUCUCAGCCUCCUUUGUUUAAACCAUCAACCUGGUAUUUUUACUAGGAUCUUGUUGAUGUUUCUAUAAGAAAACAGUUUAUGAAAGAAGAGCUGUUUCAAAGUAAUAUCACUGUUACUUAAGCCCAGAAAUUAUUACACAACCUGACAGCUUUUUGAAAAGGCAUCUUGGUAAAUGUUUAACUGAUAUCAGUUGUUGCCACUUUAGUUUUUCCACUAGCUACAAAGGUUACUACCAUUAUUAUUCAGAGCUGGAAACAGAGGCACUGAUUGGCUCAUUUUUGUUGCUUGAAUGAUUGAACACCUGAUUUGAGUUAUUUAAGAUUAGACCUGAUUAACGCCAGACGAGUAUAAUAAAAUUAACUCUUUCUCUUUGUUGUUUUAUGUUGACUAUUGAUCAGUCAAAAGAUCGUCAUUCCAACAGGCCUCACAAAUGGAGACGAAGCGUUUUAAAUGAAGCCUUUAGAAGUAAAACAAAGUCAGUUUGAAGUGCACGGUGAUAUUUUUUACGGGAGGCUGAGUUAGGGGAAGAGGAAGAUGAGAUACAAUAUUUUUGCAUGACAUGCAGACAGAAACUCAUCAGAGUAAUGUUUAGUGUAAAGUACUGUAUAUUUAACACUUUAUCCACAGUCUGAGCUUCACUAAUUGAAACCCAUGUUACUCAGUCCAGUGUUGUGAUGGAGCUGUGAGCAGAGAGGUGUCACUCACCUGCACUGUGUGUAAAUAAUGACUUCUGUCCUGUCUUAAAUGUGAGACUGGAUUCUCACAUUUUUUUACAUCCAUACAUUCUGUUAAAACUCUCUUUAUUUACUUUUCUGUCUACAUUAACCAGCUCUUUUGUUGUCGCCCAUCCUAAUGCGAUGUUUAUCUUUUGUUUAGACUUUUCAAUGUUCACAUUGUUACAGAAGAGGAAAUAUAUAUAUCCCAUGUCCAAUCUAUUCAGGCACAGAUGCAUUAUAGGAUGUUUUAAUGCCAGAUACAUUCAUUGCCAUUUCUCAGCUUAAAGCCUGUAUUCUGAUCAGAGGGUUUGAAUCUCGGCUGAAUGUGCUGCUUUGAAGUUUCCUAAUCAACGUGAAAUUGAAAAGGCCUUGUCUUUGUGUUUUUGAGCAGAUCUAAUGCAGAAAGCUGACCACGGAUGCACAUCUGUUUGUGUUUAAAAGUUUAACUUAUUUGUUUUGUUGUCAAUAAAUGUUUCUCUUCUACUGUGAA